AUGACUGCCAGCCCCAUGCCGCGCCGGAUCCGCCUUAAUAUGGAGCAGAAGAUCGCCAUGUGCAAGUAUACGAAGGAUAUGCGCGCCAAAGGCAAACUGUCCAACACACAGGUCGCAGCGUGGGCAACACGUGCGUUCAAGCUGGAAAAAUCUCUAUCACGCGAUGCCGCUCGCAAUGGUAUCGCUGGGGAGUCUAAGUGGGCCGCUAUGGAGCCCUGUCAGCUAGAGCGCAAGCAGCUCGUCAGCCACCCGUCAGCCCCCAAACCAGAAGACGGACGCUCGCAUUAUGAAGGCAAGGUGAUAAAGGCCAACGCUCUUUGCGUGAACGCAUUGCAAGAGCGUCACCGAAUCUCCAAGAAGCGGAAGCACGGCGAAGCUGCGUCAGUUGACCAAGAGGCAGCUGAAACCGGACGUGUGAAACUACGAAAGCUGACGGACUCGUACGCCCAGUCCGAGAUCUACAACAUGAAUGAGACCUCGUUCUUUUUUCGGAGCGAGGCUAAGUACACUCUCACGCAGAGGAAGGUGAUCUCUGGACGCAAAGACCCCAAACAUCGGCUGACACUGGCUCUAGCUGUGAAUGCUGAUGGCAGUGGUAAGCUCCCACUGCUUUACAUUGGCUCAGCAAAGGUUCCUCGAGCCUUUGUAGGGUGGAAGGAACUUGGCGUGCUAUACGCUAACAGUAAAAAAGGCUGGAUGAAUACGGUAAUUUUCAAGACGUGGCUACACUCGGUUAACCUGCAGAUGUGGAAGGAAGGUCGCAGCAUUUUGCUGCUCGUCGACAACGUGAGUUCACAUACACGACCCGCCAUUGCAUUGAGCAAUGCACGUCUGGCGUUUUUUGCCCAAGAAUACGACUUCGUGUUUGCAGCCGUUGGAUCAAGGCAUUAUUCGAGCCUUAAAGAGUAAGUACAGGGAUUUAAAGGUACUUGACUGUGUCGACCGCUUUUUAGAAGGGCGGGACCAAGAGAAAGUUGAUAUCUACACCGCUCUUUGUUGGAGUACGACGAGAUCUCGCCCAAAACCAUUCAGAACUGCUGGGCAUUCUGUCGGACCUCGCUUCUUAGCUAAAUAUCAGUAC